CACCAACAAACACACACAAACAGAGACACCUGCACACACAGACAUGUACAUACACAUACACACACACAGAAACAGGUACACACACGCACAGAGACACAUGUACACGCACACAGAUACAGACACAUGUAUACACACACAGGCACGCACAGACACGCAUACACACAGAUACAUGUACACACGCACAGAUACAUGUACAUACAUACAGAAACAUGUACAUACAUAAACAGACACAUGUACAUACAUACACAGACACACGUACACACAGACACAUGUACGUGCAUACACACACACAUGUACAUGCACACACACACAUGUACACACACACAUACAUGUAUAUACACGCAGACACAUGUACAUGCAUACACAGACACACAGAAACACACACACCCCUCUAAAAAGUUGCAGUACUUCUUUGUUCACUCACAGAGUCGGGUACUGCACUCUAGGGGGAGGCAGAGAGCACAGCACACACUCUUUCCUUUGCUUUCACUGCGCUCAGCUAUUGAGCAGUCUGACGGCUCCCAGUGCCAAUGACAGAUCCGGCCUGAGCUCCGAGCCUGCUGAGCAAGACGGCCCUGGGGGACACACUCGCGCCCACUAUAAUUCCCACUCGCCAUUGGCAAGCAAGCGAGUGGAAAGUUCAAG